AUGGAGACUCCUAUGGUGCUUGUUUGGCCAUCAGAUGCAACUAAAGACAAAUUAUUUCAUUACUUUAGAUAUUUUACAAAAUUUGGGACUGAUUUUGACCAUGGUGUAUGGCCAGCUUUAUUAUUAAAUGAGGGUGGACCAACUAUGUUACAGUUUUCCUUCUCAGUUCUGGACAGAUUUAUCCACGAUGUUCAAAAACCGGUUGCACACCCGACUGCUGGCGAUGCUAAAAGGGCGUCUUCUGCUAUCGACGACAUCAUAAAUAAUGUUCCACUCAUCGAUGAAUUAAAUGUGAAAGGCUUACGAGAUCUUAUCAAACUUGCAGAAAAGGGAAAGUUCACAGACAUGAAAAACAAAGCCAGUGAAGCUAUUUCUGAUUACCAGAUAAUUGAAUCAUUCUAUAAGAAAAAGGUUCUACCAACAUCGGAAAGUAAAGAUUCAAAUGAUAAGGAAAAGCAACCGAAGUUGAAAGAGGUUACGUAUUCAUUACUGAACCCCUCUUACAAGCUUAUGGAUAAUUAUACAGCAGAUGAUAGACCGCAUGGUCAAGAUUUGGUCAACAGCAGACUUCUGCAUCAACACAACACUACAGAAAUAACCGAAAGAAGAGGUCAAGAAGCCAGUUAUUCAAUCCAUAAUCAGAAUCCAAUGAUAACUGACAUAUCUGAUACCAACAGACCUACAAAGGUAGCGGAACAAUUCUCUGCACUGUACGACAACGAGUGGACAGACGCUUUUGAUGCAAUUGCCAGGCUUGAAGGACAGAAGCAAAAUAUAGAAAGAGAAAUCAUUGUUUAUCUAGAUGAUGUUCUAAGGAAUAUUUACGUAUAUACAGUAAAACGAGUUCCAGCUCUGGUAGACAAUAUCGCACUACAAUUGGAACAGACGAUGUUAGAUCCAGUAAGCAGUACAAAAGAAAAAGUUACAAAUCCGAGUGUGAUACACAAUAGCAAGUUUCAGCGGUAUGCUAAAACUUGUGUCAAAGAGACAGCGAAAUUAAGCAUCCAGGCUCUGAUUCAGGAUUUCAAAACGACUGAACUACGUCCGAGCCUUCAAAAAUAUCAAGACAAUUUUAAUGUGAAUAAAUAUAUGGACAAGUGUAUAGAAAUAUGCUGGUUUAUGAAUGUUCUCGAUCCCCCAAUGGUACUGAAAUGGCCCAUGGAACACCAAAAGGCAGAAGAUCUAGCUGAAAAUUUUAGACAUUAUACAAAAUCUGGAAUACAGUUAGACUUUGCAGUGUGGUCUGCACUUUUGUUUUAUGACCAAGGUCCUUUAGUUGUGAAAGGAGUGAUGCAAAUGAAGUGACGUGUUGCAAGU